CGGCUGGUCCCAAAGUCCGGGAGCGGCACUGCAAGAGGGAGCCGGGAAUGGACCGGAGCUGUGGAAUAGGGCUGCCGAUGGUGCUGCUGCUGCUGGCGCUGUCCUGCCCGGCGGGCGCACUAGAAAACGGGUUGGCACGGACGCCGCCCAUGGGCUGGCUGCACUGGGAGCGCUUCCUCUGCCAGAUCGACUGCGAGCAAGAACCCCGCCGAUGCAUCAGCGAGCAGCUGUUCAUGCAGAUGGCAGACCUUAUGGUGUCAGAUGGAUGGAGGGACGUUGGGUACCAGUACUUGUGUAUCGAUGACUGCUGGAUGGCUCCAACUCGUGAUAAGCAAGGCAGGCUCCAACCGGAUCCAAACCGUUUUCCUAGUGGGAUUCGUAAACUAGCUGACUAUAUCCACUCCAAGGGGCUGAAGCUGGGCAUUUACGCAGAUGUCGGGAACAAGACAUGCGCUGGUUUUCCUGGCAGCCGCGGUUACUACGAUUUGGACGCUGACACCUUUGCUGGCUGGGGGGUGGACCUGCUGAAGUUUGACGGCUGUAGCUUUGACACCCUGGAACUGUUGGCAGAAGGUUAUAAGAACAUGUCUCAUGCUUUGAACAAAACAGGCAGAGACAUUGUGUUCUCGUGCGAGUGGCCGCUGUAUGAGAGACCCUUUCGGAAGCCCAACUACACGGAGAUCAAACAGUACUGCAAUUACUGGAGGAAUUAUGCUGAUGUCUACGAUGCCUGGGGCAGUGUCAAGAAUAUCUUGGACUGGACUUCUUAUAACCAGGACAGCAUUGUGGAUGUUGCUGGGCCAGGGGGCUGGAAUGACCCGGAUAUGCUGGUGAUUGGAAAUUUUGGACUGAGCUGGGAUCAGCAAGUAACUCAGCUGGCACUCUGGGCCAUCAUGGCGGCUCCACUUCUCAUGUCCAAUGACCUGCGUCAGAUUAGCCCACAGGCCAAGGCUCUUCUCCAAAACAAAGAAGUGAUAGCCAUCAACCAGGAUCCACUGGGCAAGCAAGGAUAUCGAAUUACCAAGGAAAGCAACUUUGAGCUGUGGGAGCGGCCCCUGUCGGGCGGAGCCUUUGCCAUUGCUGUGCUGAACCGUCAGGAGAUUGGUGGACCACAGGCUUUUGUCUUCUCUACUGCCUUCCUUGGCAGUGGCUUAGCUUGUAACCCUGCCUGCUCCAUUCAGCAGAUCCUUCCCACCAGCAUGGAUUUGGGGCUGCACAACUGGGUUUCACCCUUGAAGGUGGUGGUGAACCCAACUGGCACAGUGUUGUUGAAGACAGUGGUGACUGAGGAGAAACUGUUUGAUAAUGGAAAAAAGCACUUUCCAGAGUUCUUGUAACAUAGCAUAUUCCCUCCCUCAAUUUUUUUUUUCUCCCAAGGAGGACUUUUAAGCAGAAGCAGGUAACCUUCCUAAAUGUCUGGGAAAGGUUGCUACAUCAACUCCUUAGUUCAGUGCCACAUUCUUAAUCCUGUAGUGACUUCUAAAUUUCCUUUAAAGUGUAAGAACCUGUUUUGCUGGAUAUAGCAGUCUAUGCCUUAUUGCUCUUUGUCAAACAUGGUAUCAAUACCAUGUUUUCUUCUUCUACCUCUGGGGGAUACUGAGCACAAUGAAUGUAGUUGUGUUGUUAAGAAAAAGGCUGUGGUUAUAUGCUGGUAACUCCUGUGGGCAAAGACCUAUUCCUUCAGCUUACUCAAACCACAAUAUACACAACUUUGUUACUUUUAGCCCUCUCCCCCCCACCACCUAAAGAUAAUUAUAGCACAGCUGAGAUUACAAAUGCACACCUCAUUGUACCUCAGGCACUUUUCUGAAAACCUGUUUCAGCAGGACACUUUUGAGUAAAUUGUACUAUGCCUAUUUAUUGAACUUCUGUGGGUUUUGUUUGUUGUGUAAGCCUCAUUGUAUGGGGCGAAAGCAGUCUUAUCAAUAAAUCUAGGGGAAAUCUCAGCUGUGUUGCUACCAGUAAGUUUGAAGUCAUCCUGGACUUUACAUAUCACUAAGCAUCACUGCUUCACUAAAGUGAUCCAUACAAUGUGAUUGUACAAGAGAUACUGGCAAAAAUGUUUUCAAUGAAUCUUUCCUCUCUUUCUGCCAUGAACUAUAUCCCCAUUGCUGGCAAGGGAUAAUGAAAGUGAAUUAAAAGUCCACAUGAUCAAGCUA